CCCCCACCUCACAUGCACACCAGCUACUUACAAACCUCCAACAACCACUUAUUUAUUAGGCUGCUUCGCCUCAUCCCUCUUAGCCUCGAUCCAUCAAAGCAGCUUUCAGCCCUGCACUUUAGUUUGGAGGCUAGUUUUCCCAGAAGAAAAGCUGGUUUUUUGGAGCCCAAGAUUAUGGGAAAUUGCAUGGAAACAUGCAGAGAGAGGCACGAAGCAGAAGAAGAGGAGAGAAAUCAGGAGAAGCAAGGGGGGGAGGAGGAGAAAAAGGGAAGUGGGUAUGGGGUGAGGGUGAAGAUAGUGCUGACGAAGGAGGAGUUGGAGUGGAUGAUGUUUCAGUUGAAGGAUAAAGGAGGGAAGAGCUUGGAGGAUGUGUUGAGGGAGAUAGAGAGAGGGAGAUCAUCGGCGGCGACUGCUGGGAAAGUUGAAGGGUGGAAACCUUCUCUUGAGAGCAUCAUGGAGAGCCCCGAAGUCGUUGAGAUGGAGAGAUGACCUCUUUCUUCUUUUUUUUACCCUACCGUUUUGUGUCUCCUUCAUACUGUUUUUGCAUAUGGGUGAUGAAUGACCCAAAGAUCUGUAAAUUAUAUGUUUUUGGUUUAUUCGGAGAGCCCUCAUGUGCUUUGAGAAUCACGAGUUCUUUCACUUGGAUCUUUUUUGGGGUUUUUUCAUAUGGUUGAUGACCCGAUCCCGAUAUCUCGUGCUUUUCUGCCUAAUAUUUCUCCUAAUUCCUCCUCUUCUUCUCACUGGUAAUGUACCACUGUUGCUUUGCAGUUUCUAAGAAUUAGUCUUCUUAUGUAAGUGGCUUUAAUUUGCCUAAAAAUCCCUAAGGAUUUUGCAAUUUCUUUCAAA